AUGCUCCCCAGUACCUUAAUCUUAACCUCUGAGACCGACCUGGGCGAUAUACCUUUAACUUCGCCUGUCGUCGACAAUCCAGUCGACCGCGUCACAUUCACCCACCGCGAGCUGCGUCGCAAUCUAACUCGCGGGGAACUCAAUCGGUGGGCUCUAUCCAAUCUUGUAAGGGCCUGGCACGUUGAUGAUUCGGGGUUCUAUCCUCACAUUCAUCAAAUCACAUUCUCAAUGUUUUGUUUCCCUUUCACUCGACCAGACACGGGGGCGAUUGCGAAACAGCAGAAGUUCAAGGAGGAAGACUUUAUUCAGGAGUGGAAAGUGUACGUGGUCGUCUCCCACACGGCCUGGAAGACUUUCGAGAAGGACGUACGCAAGUCUAUCGACUCCCUUCUGAAAUCCGACAAAACCAUCGACGAUCGUUUCUCUGAAGGAGUCCGACUUCGCGGCGCCCAUAACCUACCCACCCGUGUCCCCACCAAUAUCAACGAGGCUGGGAUAAUUACCCAGUGUGAUUUCCCAUUCAUGCUCGAAGACUACAGCGACUCGGAGGUUCGACUCAUGCACGUUGUCGAAAAGUACGCAAAGGAGGUGUACGAGAAGAGUGGUGGACUGUUCGACAUCUAG